AUGGGAAAGCAACCAGUGAGGAUGAAGGCAGUGGUGUAUGCUUUGUCUCCAUUCCAGCAGAAGGUGAUGCCUGGACUCUUGAAAGAUUUCACUGGAAAAAUCGCGCACAAGAUAUCUGAUAAUUGGAUUAGCACCACUCUCCUGCUUGGCCCUCUCGUUGGAACCUACUCAUUCUGCUUAAAUGAGUUGAUUGAUAAUGUUGAAGGAUGUUUGAAUUUGUUUUGCUUACAAAAAGAAGGAAGAGUGUUCAGGGAGGGAGAAAAUGAAAAUAUCCAAUGGCAGCAAUUACGGAGAGCAGUGUUUAUCUGCAAAGCUGAGCUUCAUUCAAAGAAUCAAUGGCCUUCUGAAACCCCCAAUUCCAUAAACCCUAAUUCUCAAAACUUGAAAUACUUCAAACCCUUACAAUUCCUUUUCAUCCCAACUCGCAAACCCUUUAUUGAAAAAGGGGCGGGUAAUUUUCAUGGAUCCGCCAUUGUUGACCUUGUCCGUCGCGGUCAUCUUCGUUUUGUGCUCCGUAAUCGUCGAGUCGCAGCGAAUUGUGGAUCGGCCGCCGCCGCCGCUGGUGUUCUCACCACGGCCACCAUCUCAUCCGCGGCCUCCGCCGUCUCCGCCCUUCGUUCCGUCGCGUCCGCUCCGACCACCGCCACCCCCUCGGCGGCACACGCGCCUCCACCUGCCGCCGCCCCACAGGCGGCACGAUCCCCACAUGAUGAAAUCGCCCCCACCGCGGAGAAAGCCGAGCCUCAACUUGGGGAAGAAGAUCGGGCUGAUGUUCAUAGGAGUCGCAGUGGUGCUCCAAGUGUGCGUUGUUGGCUUCUUGCUUAUAAGCAGACGGAGAUUUUUGAAGCAGGAAAACAGUCUCUAAAUAGAAGGAAGACAAAGGAAAUUACCCAAUUGAAAUUCACAGGUGAUGGAAGAUGAAUGAACGACUUGUACAUGACACUUCAUUUGCAUUUGAUCUGAACAGCUGACAAAACGUAGUUCGAUUCUUUUAGGAGAAAAAUGGUUGUGCAUGCAAUAGCUCUACCUGUAUAUUGAUAUUAGUCACAGCUAUAAAAGUUCCCUUGUGUAUAUGAUUUGUUUGAAUUACUUCACCUUCACCCAUAGCUCGAUUGUUGAAGGAGAAAAUGGAUGUGAAUAUCUUAGCUACACCAGUAAAUUGAUCUUAGUGGAAGGCUCAAAGCUUCAAAAGCUCAUUUGUGCAUAUGAUUUGUGUCAGUUGGUUUACCUAUGCAGAUUGUGCAUUUA